GGCGCCGGGAUUUCCUCCUAGCGGCUUGAGGGAGGGGCGGGCGGUCCUUAGCUGGUGCCCCAGGCACGAGCCGGCAGGGAGCGGGUGGGGUUCCGACCCAUCUCUUGUUCGGAGUUGGGAAACCCUUUAAAGAGCGGAAAGAACCCUCCUCCCCACAGAUAAAGAUAGAGAAAGUGAAAAAAAGAAAAAGUCAGUGAUCUGUGUCGAGGGCAAUAUUGCAAGUGGGAAGACGACGUGCCUGGAGUUCUUCUCCAACACAACAGACAUCGAGGUACGGCUUCCACCCCGGGUUCGAAGGAACUUGCAAAAGCUUGGUGGAUUUAUAAAGGGUGUUAGUGGAGCCUGUGCCCAAGUGGAGAAAUGUCCGAGGCCAUAAUCCUCUGCCCUGUAGGUCUCACAAGAUGGCUGUCAGUGACUGAAGAGACUGGAGUCCUGCAGAUAACGCAUUCUGAGGUAAAGCGCUGCAUUCUCCCCCCGCAGGGUCUGAUGUACCGUGAUGCCUGUCGAUGGGGCCUCACCCUGCAGACCUACGUGCAGCUCACCAUGCUGGACCAGCACACUCGUCCUCAGAUGUCACCUAUACGGAUGAUGGAGCGGUCGAUUCACAGCGCAAGAUACAUUUUUGUAGAAAACUUGUAUAGAAGUGGGAAGAUGCCUGAAGUGGACUAUGCGGUCCUGUCGGAAUGGUUUGACUGGAUUGUGAGGAACAUCGACGUGUCCAUCGAUUUGAUAGUUUAUCUCCGGACCACUCCUGAGACCUGUUACCAGAGGUUAAAGAUGAGAUGCAGGGAAGAGGAGAAGGUCAUUCCACUGGAGUACCUGGAUGCUGUUCACCACCUAUAUGAGGAGUGGCUCAUCAAAGGGGGCCAUUUCCCUGUGGCAGCCCCUGUUCUGGUGAUUGAGGCUGACCACGACAUGCAGAAAAUGGUAGAACUCUUUGAACAAAACCGGCACCGAAUAUUAACUCCAGAGAAUUGGAAGCGUGGUCCAUAGGACGGGAAGAGCAUGCCAGAAAAGUGCCCGCUGCUGCCAAGUUAGCUAUUAGGAGCAAUUUGGAGAAAUCCGCUCUCAGGAGGGCUUUCUAUCUGGCCACAUUUGUCUUCCUAAUGGUCUUCUCUCCUUCACCAGUGUCUUUAUCCUGGGUUUCUGGCCUUCGAGGGUAAAUGACAUAACAGGACCAAUGGGUUUGUCACGCCCUGUGGUGCUCGCAGCCUUGCAUCCUCCGGCACCUUCCCUGGCGGUUUCCCACCACUGGAUCCCUCUAAGUAAGGGCAGAGCCACCUGAUAUUAUGCUGGGCACAUGGUCUCAGCCUUCAGAGGGUGAGGUAGGGGUCUUACAUCCCAGGGGAGGAAGUUGAAGCUCAGAUAGGCUAAGGGACUCCUCAGGGUCACAUAGCCAGUGACGGUGGCAUCAGUACCAUUCAGACUUUUGGCGACUCUGAAACAACCUCUUGCCCCAGGCUGCCUCAUCCUGAGAAUCCUGCCUUCUCUGCUGGAGACCUCACAGGUGCGUGGGGAGGGCCCACGGUACAUACAGCCGGCACCAUCAUUUUCUCAUGAUUUGAGCAGCUUUCAAGGACAGUUAGCGUUUUUAGAUUUUUUACAGAAUUGUGCUGUGUUUGGCUUGAGCCCAGUGUUCAGUGGUUCCCUAGCGUGAGGCCCACAUGGCCCUUAGUACGUCGUCCUUGGGACUUCCGCGUCCUUAGGAGCAUCGUGUGUUGGCUGCUGAAUGGUGCUUGGUCUCCUUGGCGAUGAAGGUCCUGCUUGAGCUGCUGUUGAUUCCCUUUGGGGAAUGGCUUGUGGCACUGAGCUAGGGCAGGGGGCUGCCAGCCUGGUUUCUGAGGCUCUUUACUCCAUAGUGGCCUCAUGUGAGGAGCUUUGCCCUUGGAAUUCCUGAGAGUUUGUGGCCCGGGGGAGAGACACAAGUGGCCUUAAGUCUUUCCGAAAUGUUUUUCCAUCCAAGGGGACAUGUUGGGCUGUAGAGCAUGAAACCAUCUUUAUUAGUUCAGAGGAGAUCUUAGCUCCGCUCAGCUAUAACAGUGCAUUGAAGGCACAGCUGUCUCCUGAGUCAAGUAGGAAGCAAGAGAAAGGAACAUUCUCUUUGGGGACAGUCUGGACGGGGAAGUCAGGGCUGGCAAGCAAAGGCUCUUGCAGCACUGGUGCUCCUGACGUUUGGAGGUGAGUGGAGAGAGCUUCAGGAAGCCCAGCUGCAGACACGGGGAAGAGCCUGCUGUGAACUUUGGGGAAACAGGCCUCGGCCUCUCCGGUGCGGCGGUCGGUGCACAUGAAAACUGGAAGGCCUCAUCCCAGCCUCUGUGUGAGUGUGGCAUCUGCGAUACAGCUCUCUGGUGCUGAAUAGGUGACGGGUGCUCCUGGUGGUCCAGACCCAGAGGCGGUGCUGAGAGGGGAGUGCCCUGGCUCCCAUCUGGGCCGACUCGGGCCGUGGGGCAGUAGCCCAGUGGAGACGUGUCUCAGCCCAGAUGUCAAUGAUUGACCAAAAGCCUGGGGGAGGCAAAGCCUCUGCUACCAGGUAUCCUGACAUGCCGGGACCAUCUCUGGGACUUUGUAAACAAACAGUCCAGGUUUCCCCACAGCUCAGUUUGAGCAUCUGUUUUGGGGCAAAUGACUUUUUUUUUUUUUAAUCUUGUUCUCUGGUAGCCAAUAAAUCCUUCGCCUAAAACCUGGUGUUAAUUUUGGAGUGCUUCCUGUGCCAGGGAUCUUAGCUCCUUGCAGCAUUCUCAUACCAGUAGGGUAAUUUUUUAUUUUUUAAACACCAUGUUUCCUAACAUGAAUGUCCUAACAUCCUAACAUGAGCUCUCUGCCCUCCCACCCAGCACCAUGGAUAGGGUGCUGUGGGCGUCUGCAGGGACCGGGGCUGUUCGUAGAAAUCUCCCAGCUCUGAGAUGUCACAUGGAGUGGCUGGAGCCCAGCCCACCGAGGGCUGACCACCCCCACACCAUGUGGCAGGUGGGGCUGGUGGCCGCAGGGGUCACAGAGUAGCUAUGAACACUGCCGAGAACCAGGGCAAGCAAAGGGCAGAGGGCAUGUGGUAGGCAUGGGCCCUAGUUCUUUGAGCAGAGGGAAACGCUCCCCAGGGACUCCCAGGAAUGGCCAGGAGGAGCAUGGCAGGGCCUGGCAUCCCAGAAGAGCCAGAUGGGACAAGCCAGGGCAGUAAUGCUCCAGAUCUGUUGGUGUCUCCCCAUUCUUACCCUGAGGUGGGGUUCUGUGGGGCAUAAAGUCAGUCCACCCCAGAGCCACCUCAGCUGCUUUGCCUCUUGCUAAUUUAAAGUCUUGAACAGCAUAUACAUUUUCUUUGUCAGCAUUUUUAGUGAGAUAAUUCCACAUUCACAUUCAAGCUUUUUAAUUCUACAUGUA